AUGAACGCCCUCACUCAACUCGACGAUUACAACCGCCUCUUGAUGGCUAUCUCUGAAAACGACAUCCCUCGCAUUCAUCAAGUGAUCAACAUUGCCUUACGAAACGGUGCCAGCAUUAGAGAAGUUGUUAACAAGUUAGAGGAUGCUCUUGAGGGUACGUACCGGCCACGCGGAUAUGGUGCCGACGACUUCGAUAUCGCAACCCUGGUCUUUAGACUGGGGGGGCGUCAGUUGCUUUUUGCGCUGAAUCAGAAACUCAACAUCCCGUCCCUCCGCACUCUUCGUGCUAAUUCGACAUUCACCUCUCUCAUGCCCACCAUCGGUCCCAUACGCAACGAACAAUUUGACGAGAACAUCCAAACAAUUGUUGUCGACACUCGCUCAGAUUCAUUGCCGUUGCGGGGUGUCAGCUUUAUGAUCGAUGAGAUCGCACUCGAGGAGAUGGCGGUUCAUUUCCGUAAGUUCAACAAAGUCGGAGGUCUUUGUUGGAAGCACUCGCACGUUAUCGACCCGGUUCUACGUACAUACGACUCUGCCGUGAGCAUCGCGCAGAAGCUCCAUGAAGGCCACGUCCAUCUCGGAAAGGAGCUCACUGUCAUCGGUGUCUCGUGCUUCGGCGAAGACGAGAUUUACCCUAUCCUAGCAGCACCCACUUGCAAGACGGAGGACGCCUCAGACAUGGAGCGCAUCCUUGCGCAAACUGUUGAGCGUUGGAACUCGAGUAAUGCGGUGACAUCUGUCGGACCAGCCUGGUCUUUUGCGACAGAUGGCGAUGCAACUCGACGUGCCGCCGGACACAAACUUUUUGUCAAGACACCUUUACCUCCUGACUCACCUUUGUAUGGCACGCUGAUCAAUAUGCCGGGCCUCAAUUUGUUCACAGGUGCGGGUGAAGUGACGCUUGAUUUCGACUUCAAGCACAUAUUUAAGCGUAUCUGCACACUCAUCAGGUCACCUGCGGGCAUUGUGCUCAAUAAUGGCCGCGUCAUCAAUUCCAUGAUGCUCGCGCGCUAUCUUGUCUGGUUGCCAGCAUACGAGGAAGCUGCGGUGACGAAACUCCUUUACCCCGAUGACCCUCAAGACGUCCCUCGUGCAGUUGAGCUUAUGCUCGCUAUCAUCGAAUUCUCUCACACUCAGCUUCAUGUCACCAAUGACUCAUUCUCCCUGGAUAUCGACACUCGCGCUGAUGUCGCAUCAAUUCAUCUACUCAGUAAACUCCUCGAGUCCAUCCUGAUCCCUUUCAUCCGCGUCGAUCUCUCUUUGGCCCAGCAAUUCGAACACCUCAGUCGUUAUUCACACCUUGCCUUCUCAUUCUUCCAUGCCCAUCGCCGCUCAUUCAUGUCAUAUCAACUCUAUUACGACACACAAACAAUGGUCAAGAACGCUGUAUUCUCCCUCGCGAAGCAACAGUCUCUGGACCCAUACGCACCUUUUUUCCUCGGUGACGUUGGAGACGACCCCCUCGAGAUUCUAUUUGGGCGCACUCGCAUGAUAGGUGGACACAAUUCGGCUUGUUCCUAUGCCCAGGCUCUCGACCGUCUCGCUGCUGCAAAAGAUAUCGAUGGAGUAUUCAAGCGUCAUCCCGAGCUUGAUCCAGGUCAUCGGCGGUUGAAACUCACUCGUCACGAGGGAGUGGAUCACAUCAAUCGCGAGAUCUGGAAGGGUGAUAUAAUCUCCGGUCGAUGUGAUCUUCCAUUGUCAUGGCGCAAAGGCCAUGAUGAUGCACUUUCGAUCCUUACAAUGUCACAACUCGAUCACACUCAUUACGCAUAUUCAGCACUCUUCACUCCUACCUCUGGCAUUGACAUGCUUCGUCCUUUCGGACACAACAAGUAUCUCGGAAUCAGUAACACAGACGAUGAACUCGGCGACCCAAGUCAAGUACCGAGACUUCCCCCUCCCAUUCAAACAUCACCUACAGCACAAUUCUUAGAGACAGUGUUAGGUCAGGAUGAUGUCGAGAGCGCGGAUCCUGGAGAGUUGCAGGGAGAGAUUGACGACGAAGAAGCCAUGCUGACAUUUCAAGAGGCCUUAAUCGAUGACUCGCCUACUGAUGCCCCGCCUGCUCAGUCCAAUCAGCCUCUCGCUCUAGAUCCACUGUCCCCUCCAUUGCCGCAGGGCCCAGGCAUCUCUCCUGAUGACUACCUGUUGUAUAACCGACGCUGGAUUCACAAACAGACUGUCUGCCGUCUUGUCAUCAACAAGGAUUUCAUUUCGAAAUCGCUGAAUCGACUCGAGCGUGUCCGUGCAGGCUAUACGAAGGUCAACAAGCGUAUUGACAUGUCGGCAGGUCGAAUUACUGAGCAGAACUUAUUUCUCGUCGGAGAUAUCUUUCUUACCAUCCUUCGUUCAGCUCAGACACUUUCCAUUGGCGUACUUCGUUCAACUACAGCAAGUCUCGACGGUAUUUCGCGCUCAUCUAUCAAUACAGGAGUUAUGAAAGCACCGAGGACCACAGCGAAGAUCACCGGCCAACUCCUCAGCAUCGUUUCUACUCGUCCUUCACCUGACGUCUUGCAGGUGUUCUUAUGGGAUGGCGGAUAUGUGACAGCGCAUUCACUCAUUCAGGGUUCCGCACAAUCCACAGAUCGCGUCGUUGUGGUGACAGUCCCAGGUUCUCUGGUUGAGCCUGUCAACCCCGACCCUACGUUCAUUCGACUUCGCAAUGACAUCAAUGUGGACGAGUUCUUGCAAGUGAACGGGGGCCAGAGCACAUGGCAAAUCUCACGCGACGCCCUGCAAGUGGCUUGUGACUUGCUAUGGGCGAAAGCUGUGGAGAUGAAUGUGCCGCUCAAGUCAAUCGCAGUAGUCACUCCUUCCGACGAGACAAGAUUUCCUUACAGACGCUCGGAUGGUACUCCCGCGGUGAUAUCCAUGGAAGCAAGUAAUCUGCUUGGAGCGUCUGCAGGGGAUCGUAUCUCCGUAUGUCCCCUGUGCGAGUCGAGUGUACUGAACAUGCGAAAUCAUAUGGGUCAACACAUCCUGCGCGCGCUGAGUAACACACCGGAGGAGGUCAUGUUGAAAGAGCAGGUCGGCAAUACACUUCCAUGCGGGUUUUGUGGGCAUUCUGGGCAACCAGAGUGUGCCAUUACUAUCACCACACCUGCAAAGGGCGCAACAACCUGGGACACCAAAUGUGCGUACCAGCACUCGUUCCGAUACGCGUCUGCCGAUGUCGGCUCGAAGAAUCAGCCAUGCCGCAACGUCCCACUGAAGUGCGAGCUCUGCUAUCCUACUCUCCCUCCAGUCCCUGGCAGGAACACAAGGAAGACUUACAGUGUCCCGUCCCAGGACAGAGAGAGAACUGGUGUACCACUGCCCGCAAGCGUUUGGAAGGAGAUGAGGCUCACAGACCUGGAGCAGACUGCUUCGCGCAUCCCAAAGACUCAUUGGCAACCCUCCUACAUUCCUCCGGGCGAAAUCGGCAAGGAGAAUGUGCCUCUGUUAGUUUCUCGUGGAUCCAAACGCGCUGGAGCACAAGCUGGUCCAUCCCGUCCAUCAAAGAAGGCCCGAACGACCGUUGGAACUGCUGUUUCUGUACUCAGUGCUUGA